GUGCUUGGGGGUAAACUUGCGAGGGGCGGCGGGCACCCCACGCGCGGAGCCCGAGGGUCGGCGCGCCCGGCGGGAGCCGGUGCGGGCGGAGGGCAGCAACUUUCCCCGAGCUCAGGCCCCGCGCUGCGCCCUGGCGCGCCGUCUACCCGGGUGGGGGGACGCUUCCUCCCCGCCGCCGGUCCGGGCGGCCCGAGCCCCGAGGCUCCCGCGGCCCCCGGUGACCCGCCGGCUCCGCUCUGGCGCUCUCCUCCGAGGCCCUGUCCUCCCAACAGGGUCCGCGGGGCUCGAUGGAGCGCGCGGCGGGUCCCGUCCGAAAUGCCGCCUCGGGCCGGCUUCUCGAAAGCAAAGCCCCGGGGGCCCCCCUGGACAGUGGUGUGCCGGGCCGUGGUCCGCGCGCCGAGCCCGGGGCGUUGCUGGGGGAUCGUGCCGGGGCUCCCCGUCCGGCUCCGGUGCUGCCGCUGUGCCCAGGGGGCGCGAUUCUGCCUGUCACCCCAGACCCAGAGGAGCCGCGCGCCCUCGGGGUUCGCCCCGAAUCUGCCGGCUCCGCGCUCGCCGCGCCUGGACGGCCCCGGGACCCCGCCAGGUGGAUGUUGUGCGUAGCCGGAGCCAAGUUGAAGAGGGAACUCGAUGCCACCGCAACAGUACUGGCGAACCGGCAAGAUGAAAGCGAGCAGUCCAGAAAGCGGCUUAUCGAGCAGAGCCGAGAGUUCAAGAAGAACACUCCAGAGGAUUUGCGCAAGCAGGUAGCGCCGCUGCUGAAGAGCUUCCAGGGGGAGAUUGAUGCACUGAGUAAAAGAAGCAAAGAAGCUGAGGCAGCCUUCUUGAACGUCUACAAGAGAUUGAUUGACGUUCCAGAUCCCGUGCCGGCUCUGGACCUCGGGCAGCAACUCCAGCUCAAAGUGCAGCGUCUGCACGACAUUGAAACAGAGAACCAGAAGCUGCGGGAAACUCUGGAAGAGUACAACAAGGAAUUCGCUGAAGUGAAAAACCAAGAGGUUACGAUAAAAGCACUUAAAGAAAAAAUCCGAGAAUAUGAACAGACUCUGAAGAACCAAGCAGAGACUAUAGCUCUCGAAAAGGAACAAAAGUUACAAAAUGAUUUUGCAGAAAAGGAGAGAAAGCUGCAGGAGACACAGAUGUCCACCACCUCAAAGCUGGAGGAAGCGGAGCACAAAAUCCAGACUCUGCAGACAGCCCUGGAAAAAACCCGAACAGAAUUAUUUGACCUGAAAACCAAAUACGAUGAAGAAAUUACUGCCAAGGCCGACGAAAUUGAAAUGAUCAUGACGGACCUUGAAAGAGCAAACCAGAGGGCAGAGGUGGCUCAGAGAGAGGCGGAGACCUUGAGGGAACAGCUCUCGUCGGCCAACCACUCUCUCCAGCUGGCCUCGCAGAUCCAGAAGGCGCCGGACGUGGAGCAGGCCAUAGAGGUGCUGACCCGCUCCAGCCUGGAAGUGGAGUUGGCCGCCAAAGAGCGGGAGAUCGCCCAGCUGGUGGAGGACGUGCAGAGACUCCAGGCCAGCCUCACGAAGCUGCGGGAGAACUCGGCCAGCCAGAUCUCCCAGCUCGAGCAGCAGCUGAGUGCCAAGAACAGCACGCUCAAACAACUGGAAGAAAAACUCAAAGGACAGGCUGACUAUGAGGAAGUGAAGAAAGAACUAAGCAUUCUGAAAUCCAUGGAGUUUGCACCGUCCGAGGGAGCUGGGACACAGGACGCAUCCAAGCCCCUGGAGGUGCUGCUGCUGGAGAAGAACCGCUCGCUGCAGUCCGAGAAUGCCGCGCUGCGCAUCUCCAACAGCGACCUGAGCGGGUCAGCCAGGAGAAAAGGGAAAGACCAGCCUGAGAGUCAGCGUCCUGGACCUUUGCCGGCCUCCCCUCCUCCUCAGUUGCCCCGCAACACGGGGGAGCAGGCUUCAAAUACUAAUGGUACACACCAGUUCUCACCAACGGGGUUAACGCAAGACUUUUUCAGCUCAUCCCUGGCAAGCCCCAGCCUGCCCCUGGCUUCUACGGGAAAAUUUGCACUAAACUCUCUCCUCCAGCGACAGCUAAUGCAGUCCUUCUACUCCAAGGCCAUGCAGGAAGCAGGAAGCACAAGCGUGAUUUUUUCAACAGGUCCAUACAGCACAAACUCCAUAUCUUCCCAAAGUCCAUUACAACAAAGCCCAGAUGUAAAUGGCAUGGCCCCGUCUCCCAGCCAGUCAGAAAGUGCUGGGAGCGUCUCCGAGGGCGAGGAGAUAGACACUGCGGAAAUCGCCCGGCAGGUGAAGGAACAGUUGAUCAAGCACAAUAUCGGACAGCGCAUUUUCGGACAUUAUGUCUUGGGACUGUCUCAGGGGUCCGUGAGCGAGAUUCUGGCCCGGCCCAAGCCAUGGAAUAAACUGACCGUUCGCGGCAAGGAGCCCUUUCACAAGAUGAAGCAGUUCCUCUCGGAUGAGCAGAACAUCCUGGCUCUUCGCAGCAUCCAAGGCAGACAAAGAGAGAAUCCAGGCCAGAGCCUGAACAGACUAUUUCAGGAAGUACCGAAACGAAGAAAUGGGUCUGAAGGUAACAUCACGACCCGGAUCCGAGCCUCCGAGACCGGGUCCGAUGAAGCAAUCAAGUCCAUCCUGGAACAAGCCAAAAGAGAGCUGCAGGUGCAGAAAACCGAGCCGGCCCAGCCUUCUUCCGCAUCCAGCAGCGGGAGCUCGGACGACGCUAUCCGCUCCAUCCUGCAGCAGGCCCGCCGCGAAAUGGAGGCCCAGCAGGCCGCCCUCGACCCCGCCUUAAAGCCAGCGCCACUGUCCCAGGCCGACAUUGCCAUCCUGACCCCCAAGUUGAUACCCUCCUCGCCCAUGUCGUCCGUGUCCAGCUACCCUCCGCUCGCCCUCUCCCUGAAGAAGCCCCCGUCCGCCCCCGACGCCAGCGCCUCCGCUCUGCCCAACCCCCCGGCCCUCAAAAAGGAGUCCCAGGACGCGCCCGGGCUGGACCUCCAGGGAGCGGCCGAGUCUGCACAGGGCGUCCUGAGACACGUGAAGAACGAGCUGGGCCGCAGCGGCGUGUGGAAGGACCACUGGUGGAGCACCGUCCAGCCGGAGAGGAAGAGCGCCGUUCCUCCCGAGGACACCAAGCUGGAAGAAGCCAGCAGCGCGAAGGAGAAGGGCGGUGGCGGCCAGCCGCGGGCCGAGCGCGGCCAGCUCCAGGGACCCUCGUCGUCAGAGUACUGGAGGGAGUGGCCCAGUGCCGAGUCGCCGUACUCCCAGAGCUCGGAGCUGAGCCUGACCGGAGCCAGCCGCAGCGAGACGCCCCAGAACAGCCCCCUGCCCUCCUCCCCGGUCGUGCCCACGUCCAAGCCCGCCAAGCCCUCGGUCCCUCCGCUGACCCCGGAGCAGUACGAGACCUACAUGUACCAGGAGGUGGACACCAUCGAGCUCACCCGGCAGGUGAAAGAGAAGCUGGCCAAGAACGGCAUCUGCCAAAGGAUCUUCGGGGAGAAGGUACUGGGCCUGUCCCAGGGCAGUGUCAGUGACAUGCUGUCCCGGCCGAAGCCUUGGAGCAAGCUGACCCAGAAAGGCCGAGAACCCUUCAUCCGGAUGCAGCUCUGGCUGAACGGCGAGCUGGGCCAGGGUGUCCUACCUGUCCAAGGGCAACAGCAAGGGCCAGUCCUCCAUUCUGUGACGUCACUACAGGACCCCCAGCAGCAGGGCUGCGUGAGCUCAGAAAGCACUCCAAAGACCUCUGCCAGCUGCAGCCCUGCGCCCGAGUCGCCGAUGAGCUCUAGCGAAUCGGUGAAGAGUUUGACUGAACUGGUCCAACAGCCCUGUCCCCCCAUUGAGACGAAUAAGGACGGCAAGCCUCCGGAGCCCAGCGACCCGCCCGCCUCAGACUCCCAGCCCGCCACGCCACUGCCUCUCUCCGGACACUCGGCCCUCAGCAUUCAAGAGCUGGUGGCCAUGUCUCCCGAGCUGGACACCUACGGCAUAACCAAGAGAGUCAAGGAGGUGCUGACAGACAACAACCUCGGUCAGCGCUUAUUUGGGGAGACCAUCUUGGGGCUCACCCAAGGCUCCGUCUCUGACCUCCUUGCUCGCCCAAAACCCUGGCACAAGCUCAGUCUGAAGGGACGGGAGCCCUUCGUCCGGAUGCAGCUAUGGCUGAAUGACCCCAACAACGUGGAGAAGUUGAUGGACAUGAAACGGAUGGAAAAGAAAGCCUACAUGAAGCGGCGGCACAGCUCAGUCAGCGACAGCCAGCCCUGCGAGCCCCCCUCCGUUGGCAUCGACUACAGCCAGGGCGCCAGCCCGCAGCCCCAGCACCAGCUGAAGAAACCCCGCGUGGUGCUGGCUCCUGAAGAGAAAGAAGCUCUGAAGCGAGCGUAUCAGCAAAAGCCAUACCCGUCACCAAAAACCAUCGAGGAACUCGCCACCCAGCUCAACUUGAAAACCAGCACUGUCAUCAACUGGUUCCACAAUUACAGGUCUCGGAUCCGCAGAGAACUGUUCAUCGAGGAGAUUCAGGCCGGGAGCCAGGGCCAGGCCGGGGCCAGCGACUCCCCGUCGGCCCGAAGCGGCCGAGCCGCGCCCAGCUCGGAGGGCGACAGCUGCGACGGCGUGGAGGCCGCCGAGGGCCCGAGCGCCGCGGACGCCGAGGAGUCGGGCGGCCCCGCGGCCGCCGCCAAGUCUCAGGGAGGGCCGGCCGACGCGGCCGCGGCCCCGGAGGAGCGGGAGGAGCCGCCCAGGCCGGCGGAGAAGGCGCAUCCGCCGCCCUCGGGGACCCCGGCCCCGGACGACGCGGACGACGAGGGCCGGCCCCGGGCGCCGCCGCCGCCGCCCCCUCCGCCGCCGCCGCCGCCGCCCGAGGGCCUCGCCGACGGCCCGGGGCCCGUGCCAAACCCCGCCGCCGCCGCCGCCGCCGCGCCCGCGGCCGGGGAGGACGCCGCUACCUCAGCCGCCCCGCCGGCGGAGGGCCCCUGCCGGGCCCGGGACGGCGCCGACAGGAGUUCCGCUUUGCCAAGCACCAGCGCGCCGGCGGCCGCCCGCAGGGCCAGCUCGCUGCAGAGCCUCUUCGGCCUCCCGGAGGCGGCGGGCGCCAGGGACUCUCGAGACAACCCCUUGAGGAAGAAGAAGGCCGCGAACUUGAACAGCAUAAUCCACCGCCUGGAGAAGGCCGCCAGCCGGGAGGAGCCCAUCGAAUGGGAGUUCUGAGAGGGCGCCGCCCGCCCGUCCCGCCGAGCCGAGCCGAGCAAGAGUCGGGCCGAGCCGGGCCGAGCCGGGCCGGGCCGGGCCGAGCUAAGCCGGGUCUGGCCGAACCGAGCCGGGCCGAGCCGAGCUGGGCCGAGCCGAGCCGAGCUGAGCUGGGCAGGGCUGGGCCGGGCAGAGGGGCGGGCGCCGACUCCGCGGCCUGGACCGUGUUGCGCACUUAACCGCCCUGCGGGCCACAGGGCAAAAUCGCCAUAGGCCAAGAGACCCGAUUGACCAAAAACAAAAACAAAAAACAAACGAAAAAAAAAAAAAAAGGCGUCGUUUUUGUACAAAUAGCUUUGAGAAGCCUCUGUUGUGUUGCUGUGACCCAUCUCUGGUAACAUUUUUUUUUUUUCUUGCUAUUUGUUUUGGACAUUAAGAGUCAAAAGUUGAUCCAGCUGGCGUGGGGGUGGGGGAGGCACCCGUCGGCCCCUCGACGUCGUCCCUUCUGUCUUUGGUUAGCCAUACGAUGUCUGUUCUCAGCACUGUACAACGGUCCCUAUAUGAUAUGGAGAAGCAAUAUCACUGUAUGAAACUCACACCAUGUAUUAUUAUUAUUCACUAGCACCCUAGGUGUGAUAAUUGAAGUAAAUAUCUUUUAUACAAACACAAGAA